CCACGAACCACCAUCUUUCUCGCCCAGGGAGCCAGGUCGCUCUGAUUCAGAUGCCACGAGUCCACCCUUCGUUGGGCCCUACACGACCGCCUCUCCGGCCCAGCCCAUGCUGAUUUACCCCCCUCCCAUGCCCGUAUACCCUCCGCUACAGCUCGUCCAUCAUCCCGUCCGCACAAACUCAUUCAGUACUUAUUCUGUGCCUGCAGCCCAGCCAUUGCCCGCUAUGCAGACACUACCCUACCAUCACCACGCGUGGGCCCCGCCUGGGAAUCCUGCACAUAACACUGUCUACUCUCAUUUCGCGCCCAUGCCGACUACGAAUAAUUGGGGUCAAGCUUUUGGCCCACCCAUGAACGUCAAUGGGCCGUCAGUACCCGGACCAUACAUGUUCACCUCCCCGCAACCUCAUUUCCCCACGAACGUUGCCGCCGGUGGACAUGGCUCCUUUGGAGAGUCACAGUCGGUUUCCAUGCGUCCGCGGAGGACUUGUACAGGACUUCGUAUGGUCCUACUCGAGAGACAGAGUUGAGGCCUGUAGCGAUGCAUUCCCAUGCAUCUCUUCCGCCCUCUUCUCCGCAGCACGCGAUACCGACGCGACGAAUUAGCCAGCCUCAACCGAGCAUGGUCCAGCCCGCCGUAAACAUGCAGACGACGCCUCAACCUCCCCCACUCUCACCUCUCACCCGUUCCGAACCUUCCACACGGCCUUCUCUUGCUCGGUCGCAGAGUCAUACCUCAUCUACUCACUCUCCAGCACCAGUGACACGCUCUCAGUGGGCCAUGUGGGUAGGAAAUGUCCCGGCAGACGCCACAAACGAAGAACUUUCCCUCUUCUUCAAUCAACCGCACCGUAAUACGCCGUCGGACAACAGGGAAACUUCGCCUUCGACACUGAGCCCGAUUUCGGGGGGCGUCACUUCUGUCUUCCUCAUCGGACGUUCCAACUGCGCGUUUGUUAAUUUUGAAUCGCAGUCACAGCUCGAGUCCGCCGCGACGACAUUCAAUGGUCGACGAUUGCGCGAAGGCGAUUCACGUGGUCCUCGCUUGGUAUGUCGCGUUCGGAAGCAAGACGACGAUGACCAUGCGGGAGUAAAUGGGCAGCGUCAGUCGAACAUACACGUGAAGUGGCUACGCGAACGACAGCUCAGGACGGAUGAGACGACGGCUGCCGUCGCCGGAAACAGUUCUAAGCCAGCCCUGCCAAUUUCGCGGCCCGUCACUGUCGACGAUAUCGCUACGCAGCUACGCUUCCUCUCCUCGCGGGCCGUAGAUGUUGAUGCACGCAAACAAGGCAAUGUCUUGUCGGAAGACUCGUUUGGGAGCACAACCUCGAGUUUACUGUCAAGACAUUUUCCUCGGCGUUUCUUUAUCCUAAAAUCGCUGAGUCAGGUAAGUUUUGCCAAGUAUCAAUCAAUCUUUACAAGUAUAUUGAUUUCGGUUUUUUUUCCUCCGAGUGACCUCGACGAGAGCGUGCGAACCGGCUUUUGGACCACUCAGCCGCACAAUGAGGAUAUCCUGAACCGCGCAUAUCGUACCAGUCACUCAGUUUACAUCAUCUUCGGCGUCAACAAAAGUGGAGAGUUUUAUGGUUAUGCCAGAAUGGCAGGGCCCAUUGGAUCAGCGUCACUACUGUCAUCACAGCCCAUUAUCGACGGAGCCGCCCCCGAGCAGACAGCACAGACCACCAAUUUACUCCCAACAGCCCGAUUCAGGGCCGAAUCACCGGAAGUCGUUGAUGAGGAAGAGCAUUCCGACCAGGACAACGCACGAUCUCAUCCCGGGGAUACUUCUCAACCACCGUCAUACAUGAGCAUCAUGUCAGCGCCACCCCAGCUUGGGCCACCGCGCCAGCAGGGGCCCUCUGCGGACGCUCACCCAGUUACCGAUUGGGCCCCUACGCUGAUACCCGCCGUGAACCUCGAAGGCAUCACAGAGAGUAUCAGGGAGCCAGGCGAGGAGGCAGAUGAAGUUUCUCCUUCCACAGAAGCGAAAGCCCUCGGCACACCGUUUAUGGUUGAGUGGGUCCGGACGGACAGACUCCCGUUCCUACGCACACGCCAUCUCCGCAAUCCCUGGAACCAUGGUCGACAGGUCAAGGUUUCUCGAGACGGGACCGAGUUAGAGCCCGAUGUUGCUUGUCAGCUUCUCGAGGAAUGGGACCGACCACCCCCUCCCGCCCCAUCUACACAAAAUACGCCAUCGCGUACGAAACCACACGCGCCUUCACAACGCCGACGAUCUAAAGCAUCCGCCGGUCCCACCUCUCCCACCUCCCCCUCAUAAUACCCGCUCGACCUGACGGAAAUACGCUAGUGUCAGGUCGUUCACGUUCCCAUCGCUACGAAAUCUGUCGACGUCCCGUUUGGAGUUGUCCGACUCGUAGACUCAAGCUCUAUUCUCAAUGUUUUACGUCUCUUCAUGUUUUUAAUGCCCCAUUAUCAUCACACUGCAUACGUAACAGUGCCCCUCUCUUCCUCCUUUUUUGCUUUCUGCUUAAUGACACACCAUCAGCAUACACGCACACACGCACACACCACAUACGUAGUCG